CCGCGGCGCCGUCCGCUCCUGCCGCCCGGUUCCGCCGCUCCCGGCCCCGGCCCCGCUCCCGUUUCCGCUCCCGCCUCGCCGCCGCCGUCCCCGGCACCAUGAACAAGAAGAAGAAGCCGUUCCUGGGCAUGCCCGCGCCCCUGGGCUACGUGCCGGGGCUGGGUCGCGGAGCCACAGGUUUCACCACCCGCUCUGAUAUUGGCCCCGCGCGUGACGCCAAUGACCCCGUGGAUGAUCGUCAUGCUCCGCCGGGGAAGAGAACUGUUGGGGAUCAGAUGAAAAAGAAUCAGACGGCUGAUGAUGAUGAUGAAGAUUUGAACGACACAAAUUACGAUGAGUUCAAUGGGUAUGCUGGGAGCCUGUUCUCAAGUGGUCCCUAUGAAAAAGAUGAUGAGGAAGCAGAUGCUAUUUAUGCAGCUUUGGAUAAGAGGAUGGAUGAACGCAGAAAAGAAAGAAGGGAACAACGAGAAAAAGAGGAGAUAGAAAAAUACCGUAUGGAACGACCUAAAAUUCAGCAGCAGUUCUCAGACUUGAAACGGAAGCUGGCAGAGGUCACGGAAGAAGAGUGGCUCAGUAUUCCAGAAGUUGGCGACGCCAGGAACAAGCGUCAGAGAAAUCCUCGUUAUGAGAAGCUGACUCCUGUACCCGAUAGCUUCUUUGCAAAGCAUUUACAGUCGGGGGAGAAUCACACCUCUGUGGACCCACGCCAAACGCAAUUUGGCGGCUUGAAUACUCCAUAUCCAGGGGGCUUGAAUACUCCAUAUCCAGGAGGAAUGACACCAGGCUUAAUGACACCAGGAACAGGUGAAUUGGAUAUGAGGAAGAUUGGCCAAGCUAGGAACACCUUGAUGGAUAUGAGGCUAAGCCAGGUGUCGGACUCUGUGAGUGGCCAGACUGUAGUGGACCCGAAAGGAUACUUGACAGACUUGAAUUCGAUGAUUCCCACACAUGGAGGAGAUAUCAAUGAUAUCAAGAAAGCCCGUUUGCUCCUGAAAUCUGUACGAGAGACCAAUCCUCAUCAUCCGCCAGCCUGGAUAGCGUCAGCCCGACUGGAGGAGGUCACUGGCAAGCUCCAAGUGGCUCGAAACCUCAUCAUGAAAGGAACAGAGAUGUGCCCCAAGAGUGAAGAUGUUUGGUUAGAAGCUGCUCGGCUUCAGCCUGGGGAUACGGCCAAGGCUGUUGUGGCCCAAGCUGUCCGCCACCUUCCGCAGUCUGUCCGAAUUUAUAUCAGAGCAGCAGAGCUGGAGACAGAUAUCCGUGCAAAGAAACGUGUCCUGAGGAAAGCCCUGGAGCAUGUUCCAAAUUCGGUGCGUUUGUGGAAGGCAGCUGUGGAGUUAGAAGAACCUGAGGAUGCCAGGAUCAUGCUGAGUCGGGCUGUGGAGUGCUGUCCAACUAGUGUUGAACUGUGGCUCGCGCUGGCAAGGCUGGAGACCUAUGAGAACGCUCGUAAAGUCCUUAACAAAGCCCGUGAGAAUAUUCCGACGGAUCGUCACAUCUGGAUUACUGCUGCCAAACUGGAGGAAGCUAAUGGAAACACCCAGAUGGUGGAGAAGAUCAUUGACAGAGCCAUCACAUCUCUGAGGGCUAACGGUGUGGAAAUUAACAGAGAACAGUGGAUACAGGAUGCUGAGGAAUGUGAUAAAGCUGGAAGUGUGGCCACAUGCCAGGCGAUCAUGCGAGCUGUGAUUGGGAUUGGGAUUGAAGAAGAAGAUCGGAAGCAUACCUGGAUGGAAGACGCAGACAGUUGUGUUGCUCAUAAUGCUCUGGAGUGUGCCCGAGCGAUUUAUGCUUAUGCCUUGCAAGUUUUCCCCAGCAAGAAGAGUGUGUGGCUGCGAGCCGCGUACUUUGAAAAGAACCAUGGAACCAGAGAAUCCUUGGAGGCUCUUUUGCAGAGAGCUGUGGCUCACUGUCCCAAAGCAGAAGUGCUCUGGCUCAUGGGAGCCAAAUCGAAAUGGCUGGCGGGAGAUGUGCCAGCAGCCAGAAGCAUUUUGGCCCUGGCUUUCCAGGCCAACCCCAACAGUGAGGAGAUCUGGCUGGCUGCCGUGAAGCUCGAGUCAGAAAACAAUGAGUAUGAAAGAGCAAGGAGGCUGCUGGCAAAAGCUCGCAGCAGUGCCCCCACCGCAAGGGUCUUCAUGAAGUCUGUGAAGUUGGAAUGGGUGCUUGGGAACAUUGCUGCAGCCCAGGAGCUUUGUGAAGAAGCCCUGAAGCACUACGAGGACUUCCCCAAACUCUGGAUGAUGAAGGGACAAAUCGAGGAACAAAAGGAGCUGGUAGAGAAAGCACGGGAGGCUUAUAAUCAGGGGUUGAAAAAGUGCCCCCAUUCCAUACCCCUGUGGCUUUUGCUGUCCAGGCUGGAGGAGAAAGUUGGGCAGUUGACUAGGGCAAGAGCCAUCUUGGAAAAGUCUCGCCUAAAGAAUCCAAAGAAUCCAGAUCUCUGGUUGGAGUCUGUGCGAUUAGAGUACAGAGCUGGGCUAAAGAAUAUUGCAAAUACUCUGAUGGCCAAGGCAUUGCAAGAAUGCCCCAAUUCAGGAAUCCUGUGGUCAGAGGCGAUUUUCCUUGAAGCGCGACCGCAACGAAAGACCAAGAGCGUGGAUGCUCUCAAGAAGUGCGAACAUGACCCACACGUCCUGUUGGCUGUGGCCAAGCUGUUCUGGAGUGAGCGUAAAAUAACCAAGGCCAGAGAAUGGUUCCACCGAACAGUGAAGAUAGACUCUGACCUUGGGGACGCCUGGGCUUUCUUUUAUAAAUUUGAGCUCCAGCAUGGCACAGAGGAACAACAAGAAGAGGUGAGGAAGCGCUGUGAGAAUGCUGAACCUCGCCACGGAGAGCUCUGGUGUGAUGUCUCCAAGGACAUAGAGAAUUGGCAGAAAAAGAUUGGAGAAAUUCUCGUGCUUGUGGCAGCCAAGCUUAAAAAUACCUUCUAGAGUACGCUGGCUUCAGCUGCGUUAGUCGUCUCUGUAGGACUUGUCUGCUUACCUGCUUUCGGUGCAUUCGCCCUUUUGGUGGGACAGAUUUCGGAGGGCAGGAGAUCGGUGGUGAUAUGAAAGAUCUUUCUUCCAAAAAGAAAAGCUGCUUCCUUCUCCUCCCACUGACAGCCCUCUUGGCUCACACGGCGCGGUCAUCACCUUCUGCAGCACAUCUGACCGUUGUUGCUGGUGUCGCGUAGGACAGAUGAGCAGUCUUGUGAGGCUCCCUUGGCAUUUUCAUUUUGAGGCCUGAACCCCCCCACACCCACCCCCCUGUAAAUAUAAGCUUUAAUUAGUGCUUGUAUGGAAUCUGACAUUUAGCAGUUCCUCUGGUUUCUUCCCUAGCAUGCAUUCCUGUCCAGUCCUGCCCCCCUUUGUGCAGUUUCUCUGCUGUUUGGCCCAUCUGAUGCUGGUUGGUUGUGGUUUGAAUACAUUGAAUGACCUUGAAGGAGGCGAGUGGAGCUCUGGAAGGCCAGCAGCCCCGGGGAAGGGCUGGGCUGGCCCCUCUUGGUUUUUUAUUUUUUUGCCAUGAGCCUGGUUUGGCAUGGUCCCUCCUCUGCUGGCAAGCUGUAGCACAACUCGGAAGUAUUCCUCAAACCUGAGCAGAUGGAGCAUUUUGUGAAACCCAAGAGUGUAUUUUUAGAGACGUUUUCCUCAAUUUUUUAAAUGUAUAUAGUAUAACCUUACUCUCUUAGGUGUCUGAUUUCAUUAAGCAUAGUGGUAUUUUGAAGGAACAAGGCAAAAUCCAGCAAUCCCUGAAGGGCCUUUUUGAAGAAACAACCUUUACUCAGAGUUGUUGAGAGACUGUGCACUUUUACAGUGGCAACUGCUCUUGCUUGGGAUGUUUGGGAUGACUCUCUUCCAGUGCAAAUGGAAAAAAGCAAAUUCAUGUGAGGAAAAGCUUUGUGUUUGGGACCCUUUAUAAGCUGUCUUCAAUUUCCUACCCUCACCAUCUGUGUUAUUUUGACCCCCAGAAGCCCGACUUUCUUGUGAUCAUUGAAUGAAAAGCUGUAAUGUCUUACAUGUUAGUUCAUAGCAAAAGUAUCCAAGUCUGUGUAUGUGCAUUAUAUAAUGUAUUUAGUCAGAGGAGAAAACCCCUUAUCACUUGUUUGGACAAUAUGUAUAAAAUACAGCUUGUUUUUUUUUGUUUCCUUA